UUUGUGUCCGCGCGUGGCCUCGGGCGCGGCGCUCCCCGGCGAUGGCGGCCCCGUGAUGGCGGCACCGGGAGCCCCAUGCGGGGGGCCGCGGCCAUGGGGCAGGUCCUGGGCUUCGCCCACUGCAAGGAGGCUCCGUCCACGGCCUCCACCACACCGGACUCCACCGAGGGCGGCCCCGAGGACCCCCCCCCUUUCCCGGAGCCCCCCGAGGAUGAGGAUGAUGAUGACGAUGACGAUGAAGAAAAUGAGGAGGGGGCGGCGCUGCGGUGCCGCCCCUCCCCCCACGAGCUCACCUUCUCCUACAUCGCCUUCGGGGGGGGAGGGGGGUCGCGUCCCUCCCCCACGCCUGAGCCCGGGGGGGGGCGGGGCCUCGGGGGGCCGGACCCCUCCCCCACCCCCCAAAAGGACCCCCGCCCCAAAAAGGAGCCCGGGGACCCCGAACCCCCCCCCCGAAAUCGGGGAGGGGCAUCCCCCGCGCCGCUCCCCUCCCCCCCGCCAGGGGGCGCCCGCCCGGAGCCCCCCCGAGCCUCGGCCCCGCCCCCUCCUCCCUCUCCCGACCAAUCGCCGGCCGCCGCGGGCGCUGACGGACAGGUGUGGGAGCUGUUGCUGUGGCGCGUCCCCCAUCGCUCGGCGCUGGCCCUGCUGGUGUCCCUGCUGUUGCUGGGCUCGCUGUCGCGGUUCAGCGCCGUGGCCGUGGCGGCGCACGCGGCCCUGGCCGUGCUCGCCGUCACCGUCCCCCUGCGCCUGCGCCGGGCGGCCCUGAGGGCGCUGCGGGCACCGGGCACCGAGCCCCUGGCCAGUGUCCCCUCCCUGUCACCGCCCACGGAGCCCCAAACCAGGGCACAGCCGUGGUCCCUCACUGAGGAGCAGCAGCGGCGCUGGGCACGCAUUGACCUUCACCCUCCUCUUCCUCGCCCCCUCACUGAGGAGCAGCAGCGGCGCUGGGCGCGGUGCCUGGCCCGGCACUCGGUGGCGGCCGCCCGGACCCUGACCCGGCUCUUCCUGGUGCACAGCGUGCCCGAGUCACUCAAGUUCGCCUUCCUGUUCUACCUGCUGACCUACGUGGGCGCCGCCUGCAACGGGGUGACACUGCUGGCAGCGGGUGUCAUCAGCGCCUUCACCUUCCCCGUGCUCUACCGGCGCCACCAGGCCCAGAUCGAUCAGUACCUGAGCCUGGCCCGGGGCCACCUGAGCCACCUGCGAGCCAGGGUCCUGGCCAAGCUGCCAAGUGCCAAAGUGAAGCCGCAGUGACACCGCUGUCCCCGCCCCGAGGUGACAGUGAGGAGGGGGGCGUGGCCAUGGGGAGGAGGCCACGCCCCAUUCACGUCCUUUUAAUUUAAUUUAAUUUAAUUUAGUUUUAUUUUAUUUUAUUCUCGUCCUUCCAAUUUAAUAAAAACUCU